CAUCUUGGGAAUGAAUGGACAUGGGCUGCGCGAUCACAGACAACAUCUAAGUACUAUUUAGUAGCAGCGCACGCCCCUUAUAAUAACCCCGUAAAUACUGUUGUUCAGGACUGCUUACUUGUGCUUCCUACCUACUGUAAUAACCGUUGUUCGAGCCCACAUGCAACAUUUUUGUUCUCAUUCAUGAAACGCUUAAAUCAGGGACAUUUUCGGGGACAGCUUUAGCCGGGGACAGAUCAUCCAAUUCGGGGACUGUCACCUUAGUUAAAAGCGCAUGUUGAACAGUGCUAUUUCAGGGUGAUAAUGGCAUCAAAGAUUAAUUUUCUGCCAGCGUUCCCUCCGUGCUUUUGUAGCGGCGACGGUGUUUCUUUUGAGGUUUAUGAUAGAUUUGAAUUCUUCAUACUUUCUCAUGAUCGUCUCCUGCUCCUCGUUUGUAAAGUCCGCGGUCCUUCACUCUCCGGCCUGCUCUGACGCUCCAGACUGGUCCAUGUUCACGAUUGGUCAGAUGCGGCGGGCUCCGCCUUAUAUGUGUGCACGCGCUCAUAGCAAAGCUGGAUCUACUUAUGAGGUUGAUAACCAGCAUCAUAAGACUGUUUAGAGAGACCGCUGGCUACCGCGCUGAGUUGAGCGAGGUAGCUCCAAGGCUACGCUAGGUUUAACUUGCUUCGUAGAACAGGCCCCAGAUCAACACCGUAACAAAACACACACAGACACAGACAGACACACAGACAGACACACACACACAAACAUAAACACACACACACACAAACAUAAACACACACACACACACACACUGACAUACAGACAGACACACACACACAGACACACACACACACACACACACACACACACACACACACACACACACACACACACACAGAGUUAUUGACGGCGCUGAAAUAAAUGUAAUGUUUUUUUUUUGAGUUUGAUGACCUCAUCCAGGUAUGUGAUGAUGUCAGCAGGUGCAGCGCAGCCAGUGACAGAUCUCCAUGGUGACCGUACAGGUGAGCAGGAGGGACUGACUUCUCAGGUAACCAAUCAGUUCACAGAAACAGGCCCUGAUCUUUUUCAUGUUUUUAGCUUCAGAUGACGGACACAGUCACCACCACACAGGUACAUGCUGUUGCUAUGACAACUACAGGUGAGUGACAUCAUUAAUUUAUUCAUUACUGUCCUGAAAUCUGCAGAGUCAUCACCUGUGAUCAGCUUUACAAACAGUCAGCAACCAGGUACACCUGUGUGUGUGUGUGAGUCUGUGUGUGUGUGUGUGUGUGUGUGUGUGUGUGUGUGUGUGUGUGUGUGUGUGUGUGUGUGUGUGUGUGUGUGUGUGUGUGUGUGUGUGUCUGUGUGUGUGUGUGUCUGUCUGUGUCACUGUGUGUGUGUGAGCGUGUGUGUGUGUGUGUGUGUGUGUGUGUGUGUGUCUGUGUGUGUGUCUGUGUGUGUGUGUGUGUGUGUGUGUGUGUGUGUGUGUGUGUGUGUGUGUGUGUGUGUGUGUGUGUGUGUGUGUGUGUGUGUGUGUGUGUGUGUGUGUGUGUGUGUGUGUGUGUGUGUGUGUGUGUGUGUCUGUGUGUGUGUGUAUGUGUGUCCGUGUGUGUUUUUCUGUCCUAGUGUCUGUGUGUGUGUGUGUGUGUGUGUGUGUGUGUGUGUGUCUGUGUGUGUGUGUGUGUCUGUGUGUGUGUGUCUGUGUGUGUGUGUGUGUGUCUGUGUGUGUUUUUCUGUCCUAGUGUGUCUGUGUGUGUGUGUGUGUGUGUGUGUGUCUGUGUGUGUGUGUGUGUGUGUGUGUGUGUUUUUCUGUCCUAGUGUGUCUGUGUGUGUGUGUGUGUGUGUGUCUGUGUGUGUGUGUUAGUGUGUGUGUGUGUGUCUGUGUGUGUGUGUGUCUGUGUGUGUUUCUCUGUCUGUGUGUGUUUAUGUUUGUAUGUCUGUGUGUGUGUGUGUGUCUGUGUGUGUGUGUGUGUCUGUGUGUGUUUCUCUGUCUGUGUGUGUUUAUGUUUGUGUGUCUGUGUGUGUGUGUGUGUCUGUGUGUGUGUGUGUGUGUGUGUGUGUCGUCGUCUCUUUACCUGUUUUUUUUUUCCUCUCUUCGGUGUCAGGCGGAAACUUCCAGGCAGACUUGGUAACCAUGGUUACAGAAUCCACAGGGACAAACACAGGUAUGUCAAUGCACCCAGACGUCCAUACAGGUUAGAGGUCAGAGGUCAGAGGUCAGAGGUGAAGUUAUGUGUGUUUGAAGUGUCAGCAUAUCCAGCAGGAACUCCCCUGGACUUCAGUAAGUGACUUUAAAACCAGAGAAGAAGAAGAAGAAGAGUCCUCCUCCUCUUCUUCUUCUUCUUCUUCUUCAUCUCUCUUCUUCUUCUUCUUCUUCUCAGGUCAUCCAGGUGCAGCGACUGAAAACACACAGACAGCUGGUAAGUUUCACAGAUGUUCAGAGUCAAACGCAGCAGGUCCAAACCCUGAACCAGUCUAAGACAGUCAGAAGAACCUGAAACACACUUUUCACAGACCAUUCUAAAACCACUUUGACUCCUCCCACUUUCAUGCUGGUUUCAUGAUUACUGGUCCUUAUGGUGCAGUUGAUGUGAAUACUUCUCUGAGGCACACCACCAUGAAGUCCAUGUGAAGGUGUGAAAGGCUCACCUGGUAGUUUAGGUGUGAGACCACUGAGUGUGAUCCAGUCCUCUGUGGGUGGAGGAGAGCUGGUCUUAGGGGGCCCCUUUCAGGAUUGUUGUGGAGGUGGACUCUCCAGGGGUUACUUCAUGUCUCUGCUGUCUUUGGACAAGACAAAUCCAUCACAGCUGACUGAGUGCUUAUUUCAGAUUUAUCAUUAUUAUGGUGUUCGGGAUUACUGUGCUUAGAAAUAUCCAGAAGAACCAUGUAAGAACCCAAAACACAGAGAGAAGGGUCUAAAAACCACAGCAGGACUCAAGGAGGCGGGAUUUAUGAUCUCGACUGUGGUCCAGAGUCUGCUGUUCUCACUUCACCCACUAAGGACACAGACGGCGUCUGUUCUUUAUACAGUCUAGCCAGGUAAUGGGGGAUAAAAUAAAAGAUCAAAUAAUAAAAAGAGUACAAUCAAAUAAAAAGCAAAUCAAAUCUAUAGAAAACAAUCAAAUGAAAUCAACCUCCUACUGAGUGUUAAAAGCUAAGGAGAAGAGUCGGGUCUUAAGAUGGGAUUUAAAAACUGUCUGAUCUGCUGAGGCAGGUUAUUCCCGGUUUAGGAGCUGCAGCAGCAAAGGCACGACUCCUUCUGAGCUUCCGCUUUGUUUUAGGCUUUCUCAGGAGCAGCUGAUCAGCUGACCUGAGAGACCGUGACGGAGUGUAAAAAUGUAGAAGCUUAGAGACUCAAGACUGUCGAGGGAUUUAAAAGCAAAUAAAAGAAUUUUAAAAUGAACCCUAAAAUGUGUAGACAGCCCGUGGAGUGAAGCUCAUGUUUUCUAGUGCCAGUUAAAAGACGUGCUGCAGUGUUCUCCACCAACUGGAGCUGAGAGAUGGCCGACGCACUGACCCCCACAUAAAAUGCAUCGCAGCAGUCCAGCCGAGUGGUAACAAAGGCGUGGACUGCUGUCUCAAAAUGCUGCCGAGAGAGAAUUGGUUUUAUUUUAGCGAGCUGCCUCAAGUGGUAGAAACUUGAUUUAAUAACAGAAGUGAUCUGGCUGUCGAGUUUUAGGUCAGGGUCCAUCUUUACCCCCAGGUUUGUAACGGAUGGUUUCAUGUACUGGGUUAGGGAACCAAGAUCUGGCAGGGGGGUCCCAGAGGUUCCAUCAAAAAACACCACCUCUGUUUUAUUGUCAUUCAAAUCAAUCAAAAGCCAUCCAGGCCGUGAUGUCAUCAAGACAUUUCAGCAGCGCCGUGUCAGAGUCGGUGUCAUUUUUUUUAAGAGGCACAUAAAUUUGACUGUCAUCUGCAUAACGAUGGAAAGAUACACCAUGUUUCCUAAUUAUGGAGCCAAGCGGGAGCAAGUAAAGGGAAAAGAGGAGAGGGCCGAGCACUGAGCCCUGUGGGACCCCACAUGAGAGGGGAGCAGAGGAGGACACAGAGUCGCCAAGUACGACCUGAACCACUCCAAUGCUACGCCCCUAAUACCCACCCACUGGUCCAGACGAGAAAUUAGGAUCUCAUGGUCGACUGUAUCGAAGGCAGCUGUUAAAUCUAAAAGCACAAGAAUCACAGAAUCACCAGAGUCUCUAAAAAAGAUGUUGUUAAAAACUCUUCAAAGUGCAGAGAUUUAAAACCGGAUUGGAAAAUGUCGAGAAUGCUGUGUUCUUCCAAAAAGGUCAUAAAUUGACUAUUAACCACCUUCUCAAUAAUCUUUGACAGAAAGGACACUUUAGAACAGCAGGAUCUAGCCCUGGUUUUUUAAUCAGUGGUUGCACCACUGCAUGUUUAAAAUUUGUGGGGACCACACCUGAGCACAGACUGCUAUUAAUAACUGCAGUAACAUAUGGUCCUACAGUAGGGAAAACCUCUUUAAAAAGCCGAGCAGGGACAGCUUCAUAUGACCAACGAUGUCCUGUAGAGAAGACAGCGUCACAGGCUCAAACUGGUUCAAAACAGCAGAGCCCGAGUAGAAGAGACCUUGUUGAUAAAAAAGUGAAGGGCAGGCCUCCAUGCAUGUUGACUGUGGGGCAUUCAGAACAGAGUCAAUCGUUUGUGACAGUUUGACAGGAUAAUGUCAGACAAAUGUUUUGGUUUAGCAGCUUUCACAGUUGCUUGAUAACGUCGCCAACAGUCCCUUAACAUUUGAAAAGACACCUGCAGUUUGUCCCUCUUCCAUUUCCGCUCAGCUCUGCGGCACUCACAUCUGACAGCCCGAGUUGUGUCAUUCAUCCAGGGCAGAUACGGUUUUAGGCUGCCUGUUUUUUAGUGGAGCUACAGUGUCUAAAACAGUCUGACAGUGAAGCCAUGAACUGAGCUUUUCAGUGGUGCACACAGACUCAGGAGAGACACCGAGAAGAUUGAAAGUAGUCGAGAACUGAGCAGCAGUAGAAGGGUUAAUAAUACAACAGCGCCUAGCAGCAGCGGCAGAUUUGACCGAAGUAUAACAGGCAAGAGCGACCUCAAAUAAAACCGGCAUAUGAUCAGAGAAAGCUGCGUCACAAGAUUAAAAACAGGCCGACCGUAAGAGAAAACAAUAUCGAGUGUGUGUCCACGUUCUUGUGUAGGUCCAGACACAGACGGCACAAAAUGAAAAGAGUCAAUGAGGUUUAAAAAGUCCUUUGCCAUUGGCUUAUCGGAACAACACACAUGAACAUUAAAAUCAUCGACAAUAAGGACACGGUCAUAUUUAGGCAGGAUUACAGCCAGGAAAACAGAAAAUCGAUCUAUAAAGUCCUUCAUGUAUUUUGGAGGCCGAUAUACCACAGCACACAAUACAGUGUGAGAGCGACCCAAAAUAAACUCAGUUCAAAGCUGGUGAAUGAGGAUGACAGAGAGAGCUGCUGUUCAGUGGCUGUUCCUCCACCUCCACCAGACAUCCGUGGGGAGUUCAAACAGCAGCAAUCCUGUGGCAAAGAUUCAGUGAAAGCGCUGGACUCAUGGAACGUCAUCCACGUCUCAGUCACAAACAUAAAAUCCACUCCUGGUGAAGUGAAUAAAUCCUUUAGGACGAGUACUUGUCACUCUUCAGGUGUCACACGUGUCUUUACGGGUCAACAGUAUGUCGACAAUAUUUGAUCACCUGACACAUAAUGAUCAUUUGGAAACUGCUCUGCCCUGUAGUUUGUAGUUUAAAUGCGUCGCUGAUGUGAACACUUGUAUUGACAGGCUACGGGUUCGAAAAAAAUACUGACGCCCAAAAUAAUGGCAGGAAAAAAAGGCUCCCUGUGUGAAAGGACCUUUAGUCAGGACUUUUGUAGCUUCUGAGACAACUUAGCCGGGGUCUCAGGCAGGAAGUGAUGCUGCACGGUCCGCAGCAUUAGUGACCCCCGGAGCAUUUUCCUGAGAGAUAUGUUCCUUUUUAUUCCUUUUUUCUUUUAUUUACCAAAAAUUUUGUCAUUUUCCACGAUAUUCCGCAUUUAUAUUGAAUUCUGUUUUUAAUGUCCAAUUCCGUGAUUCCGUCCAUGAUUCCAUGGUUGUGGAUUUUAUAGGGCCCUACAAAUAUUGUUUUCAUCAACUUCCUUUGUUCCAAGAUGAAAUAAAAACAACAUAAAAACACAUCAGAGAUAAUUAAAGAAGAAAGUUGAUCGAUAAGAAGAGGCAGACGGCUGGAUAUUCAACAUUAGGAACUGCUGCUCAAAAUAAAAGCCAUGAAUCCUUCUUACAGGCGGACAGAGUAGCUUUAUCAAUUACGUGCAGCAGGUGCACCAUGGGUACAGAUCGGACUCCAUGUACCUCCUUUCUUUUCAGUGAUGGUUUCUUUCCAGGUGCAAGUCUAGGGGGACAUCAGUUUAAUGAGACAAAGCCUUCGUUUAUCCGAGGUUAUUAAGAUUUAUCCAAAGACUUUUUCUCGGUUUGAUCGUCUCUGUUUCACCAACUGUGCUGAGACGUAAAUUCUUUGUGUGCGAUGAAGGCCUUUACUCACAGAUGCAGAUUUGAACCUCAGACCUCUGAUGACUCCUGCAGAGAAAAGAUGAGCUGUCUUAGUUUAAGGACAAAAGGGUUUGUAACUCCAGAACAGGAGAUGUCUUAUGAGGGUGAGACAUUCUGAACAAUGACCUUCAGGUGUACGAAUGCAGCAUGGGAACUACAGUGACUGGGGCUCAGGGUCCUGGACUACCUGAACCAGAGGACCCAGUUACCUCUUUUUCUGUAGGGGAUGAGGCGAUUGGUCGCCUCUUCCUAAAAGGCUUCCCUAAGUCUGUGGCCUACACUUUGCAGGGAACCAGGGCACCUUCAAACGGGUAACUCAUGUCCCCAAAGAGUUGUGGUUCAGGGCCAAUCCAGUAGACCCAUGGGGUUCCCUGACAGACUCUGCAGCACCACCAGGAAUUACCAAGGAAUUCUUGAUGGAUGUCGACCCUGAUCGAUGUGGUCGCAGUAAAACAGGCUGCAGCCUCAUUCACAGUUUCUCGUAGAGAUGUGCAUCACACAGUGGGGUCCAUGAGAAGUCUUUGAGUACCUGAGGCUUACAUACCCUCACGUGAACUAGGUAAGGGUGCGCCUAAUGGAAAUGAUCAUGUCAACUGCCAGGGGUCGGGGGUCAGUCAAUACACGUCGUAGAUCUGAAACCGGGAAGAGAAAGAGUUCCUUUUACUUGGAGACAAAGACGACAGGGACAAGCUGGAAGGUCCAACAUGUGAGAGGUAGAUCUGGUGGCUCAGGUUUGGGUUCAGGUUUUGUGUUUUCUGGUUAAAGUUUCAAAAUUACAAGAUUGUGAUAUCUGUAUCUAACCUGAGAGCAGGUGCUGAAAACUUGUUCUUUCUCUUCUCUUGGUUCUGCUUGUUCUCUCCAGGUCCAGUCACUGAACAAUACCACCCAUCUGGUCAGGGUCCUGAAGGUUUGUCCCUCAUAUACAGUACAGGAACCUCGAAACUGUCCCUCAGAUACAGUACAAGAACCUCUAAACUGUCCCUCAUGUACAGUACAGGAACCUCUAAACUGUCCCUCAUAUACAGUACAGGAACCUUUAAACUGUACUAUAUACACAGUACAGGAACCUCUAAACUGUCCCUCAUAUACAGUACAGGAACCUCUAAACUGUCCCUAAUGUACAGUACAGGAACCCCUAAACUUUCCCUCAUAUACAGUACAGGAACUUCUAAACUGUUCCCCAUAAAAGGUACAGGAACCUCUUAACUGUCCCUCAUAUACAGUACAAGAACUUCUUAACUGUCCCUCAAAUGCAGUACAGGAACCUCUAAACUGUCCCUAAUGUACAGUACAGGGACCUUUAAACUGUACCAUAUACACAGCACAGGCACCUCUUAACUGUCUGGCAUAUACAGUACAAGAACCUCUAAACUGUUCCACAGAUAUAGUACAGAAACCUCUAAACUGUCCCUCAUAUACAGUACAAGAACCUCUAAACUGUCCCUCAUAUACAGUACAGGAACCUCUAAACUGUCUGUCAUAUACAGUACAGGAACCUCCAAACUGUCCCUCAUAUACAGUACAGGAACCUCUGAACUGUCCCCCCAAAAAGACAGGAACCUCUGAACUGUUCCUCAUAUACAGUACAGGAACCUCUGAACUGUUCCUCAUAUACAGUACAGGAACCUCUAAACUGUCUCUUGUUUUCAGUACAGGAACCUUAUAAAUCAUAAAUAUUUAUAUUUACAGAAAACAAGAAAGUACUGAUUUAAAGGAGUGGACUCUGUGCGUUGUCUGUUCACUGACUUGACAUCUUUAGUCUUCAAAUAACACUCUUUCUAUAAAACACGACAGCAGUACUGAAAUAUAAUCCAUUAGCCCACUGUCUUCAUAUUUAAACUAUUUUACCAACAUUGCUCAUCUGUAUUAAUUGACACAAUCCUUUAUUUACAUUUCACUUUCGACCAGAUAACUUAAUGAACUCCAAAUAGUUUUAUAGUGUUUUUAGUCACUGUUCCUAGUCCUCUUAUUCAAUACUCCCAUGAACUUUAUUAAGUGAAUCUAUGUUAAACUAAUGGGUUUUACUUUAUCUACCGUACUCUUUAUAAUAAACUGAACAAGAAAGAAAAGACACAGUACUACUUUAACCCCGAAAUAAGAGUGUGGAAAAUAAGGACUUUUGUAACAGACUAAUACCUGCAUUAACACUGUUAGCUUGUUAGCAUAGCCUCACACUUAGCUUAACUCAACACUUCUCUUUCCACAAACAUCUCCUGACACAUUUACUCUGCUUAAUAAGGAUUUCGGCCUUAAACUCAAACCCUUACAGUUGUUGUGUGAAUCUCUGUUUUGUUUAUGUCCUUUAAAAUCAUUCAGACUCAGUUUUCUGGUUCAUGGUCACGAACGCUGUGGACGACGAGUCCGCCACUUUAGGUCUGGGUCCGAGUCUCCUUUAAAAACCAACAAACUUACAACUUCACUCUUCGACUCCAUGUCCAAUAAACUCUGAGUCACUUCUGUUAUUAUUUUUUUCAUUAACCCAAAAGAGAUUUGCUACCAGUUUACCUCCAGAAAACAGAAAAUUACACAUGGGGCUCUAUUUUCGUGCCUCGCUGGCGACGCAGCGCAUGUGCAGCGUAAGUGAGGUCCGCCGCGCCGACAAGGCGUUCCCAAGCACAAUUUGGUAUUUUGGUGAGCAGCGCAGCCCGGCGUAAGUAUCCCCCCCUCCCUAACUCAGCUCCUCCCAGCGGCGUAAGUUGUAGCGAGGGAGGAGAGAGGGCAUGGAGUGGGUUUAACACAGCCGAGACCUGUUUUCACCAAUCACAUCAGCUCCUCUCCUUGCCUUUAAAUCCGCCACAGGCGAGGCGUAUUACUAUUUUCGGGAAGUAGUUAAAGAGAUCAAGAGAUGUCUGAAGACAGUUAUGCCACAAGAUGGCGACAGAGGACAGCUCCUCAACAAGUGUCACUGUAAGCGCUGCAUUGGGCGUCCUCCACACUCUCUCAUCUGAGCACAGAUGGAUUUGGUGUGUGAAAGGUUGGACCCACUGAUAAGACAAACACCCUUUUCCACAAAUAAAGACACUCACAUAAAGUUGCACAUAUUCAAACCUCACGUGACAAAGGUGGGUUGUGCGCAGAGAUCACAACAUAAACUCCAAUAAUGGCAUAAAAAUCGGAACCAUCUGUGCGUAAAUGACGCAUCGCGCUCCGUGGCCUGGCUCUUUCUUUCAUAGAUGUUGGCAUAUAAAAUAAAUUUGGCUCACAAAACUGAAUAUUAUAAUAUCCGUAUGUCGGCUUAAAGUAAAUAACUCAUCUGAUCACUGAAACAAAUCAUCUGUUCAGCCGCAGGACGGAGAGAGGACACGGAGACAUGUCCAGGUCGAGCUGUGCGAGAAAUAAGAGGAAGAAAGAAAAGGAGGGAGACAAAUUACAUAUCUUGUUAACUUCAUCAUGUGUGUCUAUUUACUAGAUAUUUAAUUUAAUUUAAUGCGGUUUCAGCUGUGUUGAUUCGGUCAGGUUGAGUGUCCAAACGCGUGCCAAACGCGCUCAUCAGAGCAGAUAUAGAUCAGAAUAUAUCUAUAUAGAUCUAAAUGUAUGUGCUGACUCAGAUUAUUAGUUGUUGAUGAUUAUUUAUUGCACUGAAAUGUUCCUGACACUGUGGAAACCUGCCGGUGAGGCAUCGGUGACGUAUGCUGAUACACCGCCGGUCUACCAAAAUACCUCUAGACCAGCUGCGUUCCGCCUGUGCUGAAAGCUGACCAGGUUUGAAUCGGCAAGCUUUCAGCGCACUUUACACACCGGUGGCGAGCACGAAAAUGUCACUGCACCCGCUGAUUCUGUCGACACCUCCCCCUGCCACGCCACCACGCCCAGCUUGGCGGAUCUCGGUUCGCCUCUGUGCGCCUCAGUCCACGAAAAUACCAAAGUGGCUGUACGCCGGGCUCCACCAGAUGAAAAUACAACUGCGCGGGGUCCGCCACCCUCCGCCGCCUCACCGGCGAGGCACGAAAAUAGAGCCCAUGGACACACGCUGCUGGACUUCUUCUGCCGUGGUGUCAGCUGAUGUGUGAGGUACUAAGCGCCCCCUGCUGGCAAAACCUAUAUCACACUAUCCAAUUACAAAAUAGACGCCACAAAGUUUUUACCACAGAAAGUGACCUAAAGUAAUAAAUCAAAAAGGGGGACAACGAUUUUUAUGUCAGCACUUGAUCCCAGUGCCACAGAUAGAUCACAGGAACCUCAAAACUGUCCCCCAAAACAGGACAGGACCCUAAAAAGUUCUCUCAUAAGGCCCCGGUCAGUUCUUUAAUUAAAUGUCUUCUUCCUGCUCCCUUUUAUCCAGUGAAUAAGAAAUGUUGUGUUUUUUCAUGUGACUGUCAAAUUAUGAAAUCGCCCUUAAUAAAAAGAAAGACAGAAGAAAGUUUUUGAAGAUCUCUCUUCUCUAUGGCCCAGUUUGUUUGUUUUUUUGUAACUUUUAACUCAUGAGAUUCUCCAGCAAGUUCCUAAUAAUGUCCUUAUUAAUAAUCUUUGAUAUUUUUGAUGUUCUUAAAAACAACCUCAAAAGUCUAUUAUCAAAUUGUUCUUCAUGAACUUUUUUUAAUGUUCUCUAGAUUCUGUAUAAUAAUAGAAAUGAUUAUGUUCUCAUCCAGCACUGACGUUGUUGUUUGUGUUGUUGACGUAUUAUGUGAUGUUGUUUAAUGUGAUUUGUUUCUGUUUUUAAUAAUCAUGUGUGACGUGUUUAGCGUCUUUUUGACAUUUAUAUUCUUCAUGACAUUCAGAGUGGCGGUCUUUCUGACUUCCUCACAGGUUUUUUUCUGUUUUAGGUGCAGAAAAUGUGGAACUGGAGGAUACCUGCUGA